AUGACUGGUUUCACAAUGACAUACGACACGCUGAUAGAACAAUACAAUACAAUGGUAAGCAAUAGAGACAAGCAAAACAAUGCGGUCUCGCCUGAGAACCAAGAGGUUCUCAACAAGGUUUUCAACGAACUGAUUCUUUCCUUAGAGGCUCCGCUUCUUGAGUUCGUUGAUAUUUUGUUGGAGAAUGUGAUGUACCCUACUGGGGGUGCUGGCCAUGGACAGGCUUCGGACAGAAAAAAGUCUUUCGAUGAGUCUGUGUAUCUCUUGGGCAACGGUGUUUUCCUGGAGAUCAUCCAUUUGAGGAAUCUCACAACAAAACUUAUCGCCAACGCUAGAAGUUACGAUGGUAGUAAAGCGGGGUUUGACAGAGUGCAAUACAUCCCUAAGAAUCUCAAAUAUCUGCAGAAUUUACAUAUCUUGCUGAUUUUUGUGCUGCAAAGACUGAGUGAGAUGAUGGAAAAUUCCAGCUUCUCUCAAAAAUACUAUAAGAAGAUCAUUGUCAACUCUAUCGAGGAUUUCAAGAUGAACUUCCAAAUAUUCAAGCUUUUGGAUAAGGUCCUAGUGAACUUGUUCAACAUGGCUUUGCAGACAGGGGACUCCGAUUCGAAGAUCUUCACCAUCACAGACGACAUCAUGGACGACAUCAAGCGCUUCACAGACUUCAACAAAAACUGGUAUAUCGACCUGAUGACACACUCUAACGCAUUCGAGGCAUUUAUGAGCAAACAGAGUAUCUAUCUUCCUGAAAGCGAACUAGGGAAGAUCGUCGUAGAACCUAAAUUCCAGAACUUCCUCUCAGCAAGAAAGGUAAAACUAAACAUCUCAACAAGAAAGGUAUUUUAA